AUUUAUAUAUUCAUAUUAUUUUUGAUAGAAAAAGCGGAAGAUCGCCCGUCAUCUAAUAGUUCCAGAAAAUCUGCAACGUUUAGUAUUGGAAAUAAAACCCACAAGAGUAGAAUUCCAACAACUCAGGUCGGACGAAAUGCUAUGCAAGGCGAUUCACCAAUGUACGAAGAGUCUUCUAGCGGUAUUAGCUCCAAUAAUAACUCCGCUCGGCGACCAAGCAUGACUCCGAAUAUAUCGUCGUAUAACAGAAAACCAACGAAUGCAAUUACCGCGGAAAAACGACAGCUGGAGAUUCAAUAUAGCUCAAAAAAGUUACGAUACGCGAAUUUAAAAAGAACGCUCGCCGAUAAACAGAAAAUCACGCAGGAUCUGUACGACGAGAUAUCGAGUCUACGGGAGAAGAUAAUCACAGCCGGCGGCAAGGAUCCCGGCAAGGUCGAAGAACUAAAGUUAUCUCAAGUUGAAUGUCCUAAGCAAAACCUGCCGACGUCAAUCGAGACAAACUUGCAUGAUAACGGACAAUGGGAGCAGAUCUGCAUGGACGAGUCGAUGGUGAUCGGCGUGUCGCUGCUGCAAAAUCAGCUGCAGAAUCUCUGCGACCGCUCUCAAGAACUCUGUCAACGUGCCCUGGAUAAGAGCUCGUCGUUCGCGUCUUUCGUAAAGUCCUGGCUGACAGAAUCGCACCAGCAGGACGAGAUGGAUAAUUGUGCCGAUUGUAAAGUGUCGAUUUUAGUGGAUUAUUCGGAAGCAGAGAUGCAACAAACGAUCCUCGCACAGAGCAACGAGGAACUAAAAAUGCAACUGGACCAGCUGAGGACGGCCCAAAACGACUUUAUCGCCGAAUAUGAGACGAGAUCUUCAAAUUUGCGCAUUGAAUAUGACAAUUAUCUCGGGCGAAUGAAGAAGGAGCAACCGAAUGUCGAGCGCAAGGAUUUGCAGGAGCAGCUAAGCGCUGCUUUGCAGGAGCUAAGAACGGAACGUGACAAGGCGAGUCAAGGCAAGGAAAGGAUGCGAAUGAUAGAAUUACAGAUGCAAAAAGCACGAACGAAGAUUCGUGAGUUAGAGGGGCAUGUGGCUAACGAGGAGCUAAAGUCGCAGCAAUUACAAAACGGCAUGAAGUCUUUGGAGGUUCAGUUAAAGCAAAAGGAUCAGACAAUGGAACUGAGAAUGAAGGAUAUGAACAAAGCGCUGAAGAGUAGCGAGGAUCUCAUAACGAAGAUGGAGAAGCAACGCAACACUUUUGAAUCACGAAUGCUAGAGCUCAAACAAAAGAUGGUUCACAAAGAAGUUGAAGCAAAUACUACCAUUAAGGAAUUAUCAGAAAAGUUUGAAGCGAUCGAUAAGGAAAUCAACGAAGAAAGAGAAAAAAGUUUUAUCAAUAAGCAGAUCGCGGCGAAGACUGAAGCAAUCCAAGAAUUGUAUACUACGCUGGAGAACAAGCAGAUGCAAGUGAUGCGAUUGGAGAAGCUGGUCAAGCUGCUGGAGGAUCAGCAGGAUCGGGCGCAGGCACAACGCACGCGGUUGGAGCAUCGCAUCGCUCAGCUAGAAAUUAGCUUACGAGAGAAGAACAAUAACAAUCGGUAUGUCAUGAGAAAAUAUUCGGAUGGUAAACCUCGGCCAAACAUCAUCGACGAUAAACUGUCGCGUACCUUUUCUUGCGAGUCGAAGCGAGCGUUAAUGAAAGCAUCCAUGCCAACAUUUCGUCUUAUCGAUUCGCGUUCACGCGAAAGAUCAGAAUCAUCGCAUUAUCGAUAUCAUCACACUUCACCUAUAAAAAAUCAAUUUCUUCCGCGAGAAGAAUUUUAUCUCGACGAUUGGCGCCGUGUUUCUUUCGAUAAUGAAGAGGCUUUCGUUUGCGAGCAAUGUCAACGCGCAACUAAUGAGAAAUUUAAACAUAACAUAAUCCGUCACGUUAAAGAUCAUCAAGUUCCUAUUCGGGACUCCCUCUAUGGUUGGCUGAUGGAUUCCUCGGCUUUAGAAGCCUUCGGUGAGCCUACGAUUGGCUUAAAUAGGUUUCACAAUGAGCAUAGCUCAUUCGAAAAAGACACAGAUUGCUUUUUCAGGAUCGUUGAUCCUAUUAUAAAUCGCGAUAAUGAUGAGGGCCGUAGCAGGAAGUCACAUCGUCGUCGCGAACAGUAUUGUCGUCGAUAUAGUCGUUUCUCAAAACGAUUUCUUCAUAACACAUCUCGUCAACGUUGUAAUCCAAUUAUUCGCAUGACAUAAUGUCAUGAUUUAUCAUAUUACUCUUGAAUUGCAGUUUAAAUUCUUAAUGGAUGGUCCAUAUAUUGAUCAAGUAAUUAUUUAAAUAGUCUAUA